AUGGAGGAAGAGAGGAAAAGCAAGAGAAUACCAUGGAUCCGGAGCUUUUUCAUGAGCAAUGCUACUGCUGCCGUAAAUGUCACAAUGGAUAUGCGUCGUGAGCCCCAAAAAUCAUUGGCAGUGCUUUAUUGUGGUAUCGCAACACGAAUCUUUCCAUCCAACGGCAUCGAAAUUAAGUCAAUCUGCGGAGAAUAUAAUUUGCAUAAAUUAUCAAAGAUGUCAUAA